GCAACGAGGAGGCGUAUAAAAUAGACACUUUUAAGGAAUUUCACAGACAUUUAGUGGGUUGCACGGCGUGGAAGCUGGCCGAGAGAUUCUUUCGUACGUUUUUUGUCAAUCUCAACAGAAGAAAAUGCAGAGCUGCGCGAAAUCCUGGCGUGUUGUCAUCAGCAGGUCGAUGAAGGCUUGCGCGCCGUAUAGGAAUAUCAGCAAUAAAGGGGAUGUUUUUAAGAAACUUAAACGUUCAGCUGCAAAUGUCCGCUGUAUGGGCACCUCACAAGUUUUGUGGUCUAGAAAAAUUGAACGAAUUUUGCCGAGACACGAUGAUUUCUCGGAAAGACACAUUGGACCGGGUGACAAAGAAAAAAGAGAGAUGCUCACUACUCUUGGACUUGAGUCAGUCGCUCAGCUUAUAGAAAACACAAUUCCCGCAUCCAUCCGCCUGGGAAGAAGUUUGAAAAUGGACGAUCCUGUGUGUGAGAACGAAAUUCUUGAUUCGCUUCAAAAGAUUGCGUCGAGGAACAAGAUGUGGAGGUCCUAUAUUGGAAUGGGUUAUUAUAACUGCUCCGUCCCACCAGUCAUACAAAGAAACCUGCUAGAGAAUUCGGGAUGGGUGACUCAGUACACCCCCUACCAGCCUGAGGUCGCACAGGGGCGUCUGGAGAGCUUGCUCAAUUAUCAGACCAUGGUCUGUGACAUCACAGGAAUGGCAGUAGCCAAUGCGUCGUUGCUGGAUGAAGGUACUGCCGCUGCAGAGGCCAUGCAGCUCUGCAACAGGCAAAACAAAAGAAGAAUAUUUUACAUUGACCCACGCUGCCAUCCACAGACGAUUGCAGUUGUGCAAACCAGAGCCAAUUACAUUGGUGUGAAGACUGUUCUCAAGCUUCCUCAUGAGAUUGACUUCAGUGGGAAGGAUGUUAGCGGUGUGCUCUUCCAGUAUCCAGACACUGAGGGCAGAGUAGAAGAUUUCACUGCACUUGUUGAUCGGGCUCACAAGGGUGGUGCACUGGCUUGCUGUGCUACAGACCUGCUGGCACUCUGUGUGUUGCGUCCUCCGGGUGAGUUUGGAGUUGACAUCGCCCUGGGCAGCUCUCAGCGCUUUGGAGUGCCUCUUUGCUAUGGUGGGCCUCAUGCUGCAUUCUUUGCAGUCAAAGAAAAUCUGGUCAGGAUGAUGCCAGGAAGGAUGGUUGGAGUGACCAGAGAUGCAGCUGGUAAAGAGGUUUAUCGUCUGGCUCUUCAGACCAGAGAACAGCAUAUCCGCAGGGACAAAGCCACCAGCAACAUCUGCACGGCCCAGGCUCUUCUUGCAAACAUGGCUGCUAUGUAUGCGUUGUAUCAUGGUCCUCAAGGAUUGAAGCACAUUGCAGAGAGAACACACAAUGCAACGUUGAUUCUCGCUGAGGGGCUGAAAAGAGCCGGGCACAAACUCCAACAUGAGAACUUCUUUGACACCCUGAAGAUAAACUGUGGUGUGGCCGGCAAGGAUAUCUUGGAAAAAGCUUCACGGCGGGAAAUCAAUCUACGGGUGUACAGUGAUGGACUGCUCGGAGUGUCUCUGGAUGAAACGGUCACUGAGAGAGACUUGGACGAUCUGCUCUGGAUCUUCGGCUGUGAAUCCUCAGCUGAGCUUAUUGCUGAGAAAAUGAGUGAGCGAACAAAAGGAUUACUGGCAAGCCCUUUCAAGAGAACCAGCAAGUUUCUUACCCAUCCAGUGUUUAACAGUUAUCACUCAGAGACCAAUAUUGUACGUUACAUGAAGCGCCUGGAAAAUAAGGACAUUUCCCUUGUACACAGUAUGAUUCCUUUGGGUUCGUGCACAAUGAAGCUGAACAGCUCCUCAGAGCUCAUGCCAAUCACCUGGAGAGAAUUUGCAAACAUCCAUCCUUUCGUGCCACUGGAUCAGGCUGAAGGUUAUCAGCAGCUCUUCAGACAGCUAGAGAGAGACCUUUGUGAGAUUACAGGAUACGAUAAGAUCUCCUUUCAACCAAAUAGUGGUGCGCAGGGGGAAUAUGCAGGCUUGGCUGCAAUCAAAGCCUAUCUAAAUUCCAAAGGAGAAUCUCACAGAACAGUUUGUCUGAUUCCCAAAUCGGCUCAUGGAACAAACCCUGCCAGUGCUCAGAUGGCAGGCAUGAAGGUUCAGGUGGUGGAAGUGGAUAAAGAUGGCAACAUCGACGUGUCUCACCUUAAAGCCAUGGUGGACAAACAUAAGACCAACUUGGCUGCCAUUAUGAUCACAUACCCCUCAACUAACGGUGUGUUUGAGGAGAAUGUGAGCGAAGUGUGUGAGCUCAUCCAUCAGAACGGUGGACAGGUGUACCUGGAUGGGGCCAACAUGAACGCACAGGUUGGAUUAUGUCGACCAGGAGACUAUGGCUCAGAUGUUUCUCACUUGAAUCUCCAUAAAACCUUCUGCAUUCCUCACGGUGGCGGCGGCCCUGGGAUGGGACCAAUAGGAGUGAAACAGCAUCUUGCCCCCUUCCUGCCCAGUCAUCCAGUGGUAAACAUGCAGUCCAGUAAUACAGGAAGUUCUCUGGGCACCAUCAGCGCUGCUCCCUGGGGCUCCAGCGCUAUCCUCCCCAUCUCAUGGGCUUACAUUAAGAUGAUGGGUUCAAAGGGUCUUGCUCACGCUACGGAAGUGGCCAUCCUUAAUGCCAAUUACAUGGCUAAACGACUGGAAAACCACUACAAAAUUCUUUUCAGGGGCUCUAAAGGAUUCGUGGCUCAUGAAUUUAUUUUGGAUGUGCGACCUUUCAAAAAGAGUGCAAACAUUGAGGCAGUCGAUGUAGCAAAAAGACUGCAAGAUUACGGUUUUCAUGCACCAACCAUGUCGUGGCCUGUGGCUGGAACUCUGAUGAUCGAACCCACAGAGUCUGAGGACAAGGCUGAGCUCGACCGCUUCUGUGACUCACUGUUGGCCAUCCGACAGGAAAUCGCAGACAUCGAAGAGGGCCGGAUGGACUCAAGGGUUAAUCCUCUCAAGAUGGCUCCUCACUCACUGGCCAGUAUUACCUCUACCACAUGGGACAGGCCUUACUCCAGAGAGUAUGCUGCGUUCCCCAUGCCUUUCGUGAGACCUGAGACCAAGUUCUGGCCAACAAUUUCAAGGAUUGAUGACAUCUAUGGAGACCAACAUCUUGUCUGCACCUGUCCACCCAUGGACGUCUACGAGUCUCCAUAUGAGGAAAGGGCUUCUUCGUGACCUCAUUACUCAAUGAAAUGCUAUGUCAUCCAAAUGAAACAUUCCCAUCAAAUAUGAUCAUUUAUGCUUCCCUGUAAUUACGGUCUCUUCGGUACGUUCAUGGUGCCUCAGAUUUCCUCUUGCAUACAAUGCACAAAUAGCUGGCUUGUCCUCCGUUACUCUACUAAAAAAUCCAAAUCUGAUUGAGAUACUGUAAUCGACCUGUAUAGGGGUUCACUUUUGUUGUUUUUAUAUUUUUAUUCACUGUAUAAAAAUAUUUGGGUGUUUUUGGUCUGUUUGUAGGCUUAACUUACUGCCAAUGUUAACAUUAAUUUUAUAGAUGUAAUGCAAUGUAAGUUUUCUAAUUAUUUAAGAAAUAGAGCCUGUUUGUAGCAAUUUAAUAAAUAUUUUAAAAGGAA